CACUCCCUCUUUCUUUUAAGCAGCAACAUACAGGCCGGCCAUAUUAGAGAGAUGGAAAUAAAGCUUCCUUAAUGUUGUAUGUGUCUUUGAAGUACACCUGUGCAUUUCUUUUUAGCACCUAACAGUUCCUCCCUUGUAGCCCUCGUCCCCUCACAUCACACUCUCCCAUAUACUGACUAACAUCUCAGUCUCUGAAAAUGCACAAAGAUGCCUGGCUACCUCGCCCUGCUUUCAGCCUCACAGGGCUCAGUCUCUUUCUCUCUUUGGUGCCACCAGGACGGAGCAUGGAAGUCACAGUACCUACUACCCUCAAUGUGCUCAAUGGCUCUGAUGCUCGCCUGGCCUGCACCUUCAACUCCUGCUACACAGUGAACCACAAACAGUUCUCCUUGAACUGGACUUACCAGGAGUGUAGUAACUGCUCUGAGGAGAUGUUCCUUCAGUUCCGCAUGAAGAUCAUUAACCUGAAGUUGGAGCGGUUCCGAGACCGCGUGGAGUUUUCGGGGAACCCCAGCAAAUACGACGUGUCAGUGACGCUGAAAAACGUGCGGAUCGAGGACGAAGGCCUGUAUAACUGCUACAUCAUGAACCCGCCCGACCGCCACCGUGGCCAUGGCAGGAUCCACCUGCAGGUCCUCAUGGAAGAGCCCCCUGAGCGGGAUUCCACAGUGGCAGUGAUCGUGGGAGCCUCUGUGGGGGGAUUCCUGGCUGUGGUCAUCUUGGUGCUGAUGAUAGUGAAGUGCGUGAGGAGGAAAAAAGAGCAGAAACUGAGCACGGAUGACCUGAAGACAGAGGAGGAGGGCAAGACAGACGGUGAGGGCAAUGCCGACGGGGGCGCCAAGUAA